GAUUUUGUGGAGUUCCUCAGUUUUUGUCACCAUAUUAAUCAUAUAAAAUAAAUUUAUUCACUCUUAAAAAUUACCAUUAUUAGGGAAAAUGGCUACACGAAGAAGAGAGAAGCACACCAAAGAACUGAUAUGCAACAAAGAGGUUGCUUUUUAUACUGUGUAUAUUGGAAGUAUAACAGUCGAUAGGUCUAUGAGAACACUCCCAUAUGAGAUGAGGACUGCUGUCACCAAGGAAGCCAUUGUUAAAGUAUGUACUGCGGCCCAGUGUAUGAAACAAGAUAUGAAACGUCCCAAGGGCAUUAAACAGAUCAACAAGAUUUUGACUCAGCCUCCCGAUGUAAACAGGAUAGGGGUUAACUUCACAGUGUCACUGGCCGGUCUCAAAGCUCAAAGAAGUGAUAACGGCAAGAUACUGAUGAAUCAUUCGAUGUCUUCAAUAUCGUUCGCCAGCUGUGGGGAAACGCCGUUCAAGUCAUUUGUGGGUUACGUUGCAAAAGAUCCUGCCAGAGGGAGAUCAUGUCACGUGUUUAACUGUUUUGGGGACGCCCAUGAUGUGGUCUCUACAGUGGGGGAGGCGUUCUCCAUCAAAUACGAGGAUGUCCUGAGUAAACAUAGCCAGUGUAACUCGGGAUCAUUCGAGUUUAUAGAGGUUAACACUGGGUUCUUCCAGAGUAUAUUUGAAGAGAGUGAGAACACAGCACAGAAUAAUCAACUGUCCGCAGCCAACAAGCUAUCAGAUAUGGGGCAGCUGACCGGAAGUAAAAGUGAACAGAACUUACCUCUACUCUACGAGAACUUGCCCCGUAAAGCAGUGGUCAGCACCCCCAAGCUUAGCAACUCCGCCCUGCUCCCCAGAAAGGUGGAGAACAGCAUUUUCUACAUUCCUAAGCCGGAGGAGAGUAAUUGUUGGCCCCGGACAAACUACUGUCCCUCUCCUCCAAGCAGUCCUGGACUGAUAGGAGGCAGGAGGAAGGCACAAUCGGAGGUGAUGGAGUCAUCAGACCGGUCAGAAGACGUACCACCACACUCCCCAGACAGUAACCUAUCACCCACUCGAACGGCGCCCCAAACUCUACCAGCCCCGCACUCUGCUCCUCUUAAAACUGCUCCUGUGAAACCACCCCGUCCUAAGAUCCCUAUCUACGCUAACAUUGAUGAGGUGGAGAGACAGACUCACGGCGCAGCAAGUGAUAGCGGCUCUUCUGGUGUUAAUCCUGAGGAAAGUGUGCGUGCGACGCCUGAGGAACUGAGAAAGAACUUAGAAGCUCUGGAAUGCAGCUUGGAUGAAAUAUCUUCUGAAAAGAAUUCUCAACAGAAACCUGUGAACCCAUACAGUAAAAUGAGCUGGUUUCACGGCAAGAUAUGCCGAGAGGAAGCAGAGCGACGCCUCAAAUACCAAGGAGACUAUCUGGUCCGUUCCCAUGGUAACGGACAGUUUGUUCUGAGCUGCAUGGACAGUGGACAUGUUCGACACCUCCUCUUAGUCGACCCUCACGGACAGAUCCGGACGAGAGAUAGGAAGUUUGUUAGUAUCACCGACUUGGUGACACACUACGCGACGAGUGGCGAAUGUAUCGUUAGUGAGGGAUGUGCUCUCCGAAUUGUUCGACCUGUUCCUCAGUUGCAACCUUCAUGACUCUGAUGCAAUGUUUCCUUGGAAUGCCCGGAAUUUUUGUAAAUCGAACUCAAAAGUACAACUUUCGUUUCGAGAGGGGACAAUUGGCCCCACUUAAUCGCAUGAAUAUUUGACUUGUUUGGUCGCGUUUUUUGUUUGUUUAUUAUUUUGACCUCUCUGAGGAUUCUGUGUAGCGAUUUGUUUCCACUUUUAGAGAGAAAAAUGCCAACAUAAUUUUGUAGAUUUCCAUUGCUAUUUGUACAAAAACAAUUCAA